AAGCGAUAUAUCAAGUGGAGAACAGUACAAGCUAUGCUACCAUACAAGAUCUUUAAUUAAGUUCUAGAAAAGCAAAGUGCACAGAGUAAGGUGUUUUUUUUUUUUUUUUUUAAAGGGGUUAGUUAGGUGUUCAUGGAAGAUCUGCGGUCCAGAUUGAGAUCGGAAGUGCAUUCCACCACUGAGGGACAGUCAGUCUGAAGGUUCUGGAACGAGAACCUUAACUAUUUUAAUGUUAAGUCCAUUCAAAGUUUCAUAUUUUUGCCAUUUUAGGCUUGGCCUAUUUUUUUUUAAUCAUCAUUGAUUUAUUUUUGCCCAGGAGUGUAAAUAUAAAUGUACAUCCAGGUUUAUACAUAGCUGCUUAGUGACAAUGUAUACUGUCAAAUAAACACAAACAAACAAACAAUCAUCUCUGUGAUGAACCCCCCACACCUGUCCCCUUCAUAUCUAAUAAGAGUCGCGGAUUGAUAUUAAGUGCAAGCCUCCAGUAGAGGGCUGUGUUGGCGCAUGCGCAGUGCGUGCAGGAGGAGAGCCCUGUUUUUGACUGUCACAGCGUUGACGCGCGUAUACCGACUGGCGUGUGGGAUUUUGGAGCGAUUCUGCAUCAGGACGUAGAAUGUGAUUGGAAUGGGAGUCGGAGCGCCGAUUCCCUGAUAGGGUGGAUUAGAGUCUAUCGUUCUCUAAUGAUGCAGGGAGAGGACCGAAAGAAAAGGAAACCGAGUUUGAAUCCUAGAAGUGUGUCUGAGGAAUACUGUCUCAGAGAACGUCCGAAAGAAGACACGACAAGGAUGAAAAAUAAACUGUCCACUUCAGUUGUUAACAGCAAGAAAAGGCCCUGGUCAUGGGAUCAGUACUUGGAUGAGGAAAGAGCCAUCGCAGCCCCCCCAAGACUCUUUACUGAGUGCCAGUCAUUUCCUUGCAGCAAGAAUGGCUUUAAAAUAGGAAUGAGGCUAGAGGGAAUCGACCCCUUGCAUCCUUCCAUGUUCUGUGUGCUCUCCGUGGCUGAGGUGAUCGGCUACCGUCUGCGUCUGCACAUUGACGAUUACUCCGAGUGCUAUGACUUUUGGGUUAAUGCUGAUUCCCCUGAUAUCCGGCCAGCCGGAUGGUGUGAAUCCGCAGGUCGCAAACUACACCCUCCAAAAGGUUAUAAGAUGAAUGAGUUUAACUGGGAAAAAUACUUGGAGUCUUGCAACGCUCAGGCUGCACCAAAGAAUCUGUUCAAAUCCCAAACCAGUACUAACACCACCUCGAAAUUUGAAGUGGGCAUGAAACUGGAGGCAGUGGACAGGAAGAACCCCUGCCUGGUGUGUGUGGCCUCUGUGGCCGACAUCGUAGACAACCGCUUCCUGGUUCAUUUUGACAACUGGGAUGACACAUACGAUUACUGGUGUGAUGCCAGUAGCCCCCAUAUCCACCCUGUGGGCUGGUGCCAGGACCAUGGACGACCUCUCACAGCACCUCAGGGACACCCGAAUCCAGAGCAUUUCGUAUGGGAGGAGUAUUUAGAAGACAAUGGUGCUCCUGCAGUUCCGAGCCAAGCCUUUUGUAUGAGAACGCCUCAUGGAUUUCAGAACAACAUGAAGGUAGAAGUGGUGGACAGGAGAAACCCCAUGCUGAUCCGCGUGGCCUCCAUUGUUGAUACUGAAGACUACAGAGUCAAGGUACAUUUUGAUGGCUGGCACUCCAAGUUUGACUUCUGGGUCGACUCGGACCUGCCAGACCUUCAUCCUGUAGGCUGGUGUGCGAGGACGGGUCACCCACUGGAGCCUCCACUGACAAAUGCAGGACCUUCUGACCUCAAGAGCUCCAUGACGCAGGGAGUGUGUCCAACCCCAGGCUGCAGGGGAGUGGGCCACAUCAAGGGUGCAAAAUACACAGGACACCACAGUGCCUUCGGCUGUCCCUACUCGGACAUUAACAUGAAGAAGGAGGUAGUGCUGCCUGAUCGGCUCGGUGGUGAAAAACAAAUCACCUUCGUCCCAGUGCACUUCGUGCAGAAAACCAAGAGGCUGUGUGCUGAGCAAGAGGAGGAGGAGGUGAACGAUAAAGACAGCCAUGAGGAGAACAGGGAAGAGCUGUCAGGCUGUGACACAGCGCCUCGUCCUCGCGGUCGGCCCCCUGGCCAUGCCACAAUAAAGAGAGAGUACAAGGAGGAACCUUCAUCUCAGGGACAGAAGGCAUACUCGCUGCUGGGGAAGCGUAGCCGCCUGACCACCAGGAUUGCUCAGUCAACAAAAUAUCUGCGUAUCAAAGAUGAGGAGGAGGAGAUUGAGCUAAAUAGCAUGAUUGCAGAGAAAAACGUGGACAGUCUCCAGCAGGCCCUGCAUCAGUCGGUCUUCCUGUCAGCCAUGUCUGCACAGCCAGGUCGUGACUUGCCGCUGUGCUGGGAGCAGCACUGUAAACUCCUUCCCGGCGUGGCCGGGGUGCAGGCUAGCCGUGUUGCCCACUGGACGGUGGAGGAGGUUGCUGACUUCAUCCACUCUCUCCCAGGCUGUGAGGAACAAGCCAAGCAGUUUAGAGAGGAGCAAAUCGACGGCAAGGCGUUCCUCCUCCUCACCCAGCGGGACAUCGUGAAGAUCAUGAGUGUUAAGCUUGGCCCUGCUCUGAAAAUCUACAAUUCCAUCCUAAUGUUCAAGCACGCUGAAGACAACCAAUCGGCAAGCAGCGAUACCAAUACAUGAAGCCCAGCAAAUCUGACCCACUCCAUCCUCUUACAAGCUUUUGUGAAUCUAAAUGUGUACUGUAUCGAUGCAUUCCAACCUCCCAACUUCCUGUCCUUUUCUUAGACUUAGAGGUAUCUAUAAAGACUGUCUCUUCAGGUUUGAUUUCCUCAAACCUCUGACUUUCAGGUUCUAGUGUCUGUCCUCUGUUUGCUGACUUUCAAACCUGCCUUUAAAUGUUUUCCCCGUGGCAAAAAGUAAUGUUAAAAUAAGCCAUGUUCCAGUACACUUUUCCUCUUAGGCCUUACCCAUCUCUCUCGCUCUCUCUCUCUCUCUCUCUCGCUCUCUCUCUCUCUCUCUCGCUCUCUCUCUCUCUCUCUCUCUCUCUCUCUCGCUCUCUCUCUCUCUCUCGCUCUCUCUCUCUCUCGCUCUCUCUCUCGCUCUCUCUCUCGCUCUCUCUCUCGCUCUCUCUCUCGCUCUCUCGCUCCUCCAGUAGCUUUCCCCUGACGUAAAACGAACUGACAAUCAACCACACAAAUAAGAAACAACAUAGCCAAUUUUGGCAACAGGGGUUUUCUUGGUGAAGGUGCUAUUUAAUACAACCCACUAACAGCCAUUGAUAUGUAGGUUUCAGUGAUCAUGUCUAGUGAUUUAAAACCUGGGACAUGCCCUUUGUGCUUAUUUUAGUAUCUAUUUUGUAUAGAUGAUCUAAUUUUCUCUCUUCCUGCUGAUUUCAUGAUCUUUAUUUAUUGUGCAAGGACAAUUGUGCAACGUUGAAGGAAAGUUAAUAUAUUGUAUAUUAUGAAUUUAAAAAAAAUGCCAAAAGGGUUUUUUUUUUUAAGAUUUGAAAAUGUUUAUUUUUGUGAUGUAUUGUGCAUUAUCCCAGAUGCCUUUGAGUGGUUAUCCCAAACCUUUUGGAUGAGUGUUCAAAUCUAAAUUGCUAUUGAGUUUUAAUUUAAAAUAGCUACAAUACUUUGAGUGUCAUUUUUGUAAUAAGUACAUUCAUGCUCUCAUUUAAAAAAAAAAAAAAAAAAAAGUAAGCUUGCUAAGCUUAUCAGCUUUAAUUUUAGGUCAUACCACUUAUCAGAUGACUUCUUCAAGCCUUUUAUAAACUUGUAUGAAAGAUCAAAUCAGGGAGAUUUUCUGAUAACUAAAAGCCUAUUCUAAUGCACACUUGUAGAAAAACAAAAACAAAUCUUCACAUUCACUAUCCAUUUCUGAAGUAAGUGGAAAUUUAAGGUAAUAAAUUGCAUCUCGCCGAGUUCAGUUCAAGUGUUAAGCAGUGUAAUUCAAUUUUCUGUCUUUGUCAUGUUUUUCAUGUCUUCUUCUAUUUACUUUGGGCCAGCUCAGCUGCAGAACACCAGGUAUUUUGUUCCUAUACGAUAUUUUCCCAAGACUACUGGUGCAAUGCUACAGUAAGCUGGUUCAACCUCCAGCCUCCAUUAACUAAUUGCAUCUGAUUAAACUUUGAAAUGUACUGUACAUAUUUCUUAAUCCCAUUUCUUACAAUGAAUUUCCUCUUUCUACAACACAAUACAUUCACAAGCGCACAACCCAAAUAAAUUACAAAUGUCCUGUU